CUGUGCGUCCACGCUAGCAAUGCAUGUGCGUGGAUCAGCUAGAAGUUCUCUGUUGUUGUCUCUGUUCCCGGUGCCCAAAAGUCACUUCACGGGUUUUGCUUGUUGCUUUAUUCCUUAUCGUAACAUUAUCAGAACUUUGAGCGGAAAGUUUAUUCAUCUGUGGUCUCAACGGGGGACAGAAACGAUGGAGCAACCGGAAACAGUCCCUGAAGCAGCGUCCGUGGGGGACACCGCGGAGACAGAGGACGCAAACACCGGGAAACGCAAACAUGAAGAGGCCGACCCACCGGAGACAGGCGGCCGAGGGAAGAGGCGAAGAGGAGCCGGAGGGAAGAAGCUCCGUCCCGGGGAGAGGUACAUCCCACCGCCCCAGAAACGUAACCCGGGGAUCAGCUUCAGCCAGGAGCAUUUCGAAGAAACGUCCUACUACUUCGAAGGUGGCCUGCGGAAAGUUUUCCCUUAUUACUUUGACUUCAAAACCUACUGCAAAGGCAGGUGGAUCGGUAAGAGCCUCCUGGAGGUUUUCAAGAGCGAGUUCAGAGCGGAGUCCAUAGAGUACUAUGAGAGGGCAGCUAAAGAGGGCCGCAUUCGGCUCAACGAGACCCCGGUGGAGGACCUGUCCGUGGUGCUCAGGAAUAACGACCACAUGAGGAACACUGUGCACCGCCAUGAGCCUCCUGUUAUCGGCGCGCCACUGGAGAUCCUGGUGGACGAUGGGGAGGUGCUUGUAGUGGACAAGCCAGCCUCUAUCCCCGUACAUCCCUGCGGUCGUUUCCGCCACAACACUGUGAUUUUCAUCCUGGGUAAAGAGCACGGCGUCUCUGAGCUCCACACCGUCCACAGGCUGGACAGGCUCACCUCUGGAGUCCUGCUGUUUGCCAGGACGCUGGAGAAAUCCAAGAAACUAGACCAGAUGGUGAGAGACAGACAGCUUGAGAAGGAGUACGUGUGUCGAGUGGAGGGGGAGUUCCCUGAAGGCGAGCUGAUCUGUGAGGAACCCAUCCUGGUCGUCUCUUUUAAGAUCGGCCUCUGUCGGGUCGAUCCGAAGGGAAAGGAGUGCAGAACCGUGUUCCAGAGGCUCAGCUUUAACGGAAAAACCAGCGUAGUCCGCUGUCUACCGCUCACUGGCCGCACCCACCAGAUCAGGGUCCACCUGCAGUACCUGGGCUUUCCUAUCCUCAACGAUCCCAUCUAUGGCUCCCACGCCUGGGGUCCUCACAGGGGCAAGGGGGGGCUGGUUGGGAAAAGUGACGAGGAGCUGCUGCAGGCUUUGGUGGAAGAACAUCGCUCCCAAGAAGAUUUACACCUGCUAGAUCUAAUGGGGGACUGUGUUGGGGUCCAAAGGGAAGCAGAGAAGGUUGAGAAAACAGACUUGACUCAAGCAGAGAAUUUAUCUGAGAAAGAAAUCUCCAGCAAAGCCUCUUUAGAAGAAUCUCAGAGCCUUGAAACAGCAUAUAGAGUCGGGAACCAGAGCAAAGCAGCAGAUUCUGCUCAGAAAACUCUAGGAACCAGAGACCACCUGUGCAGUGAAUGUAAGCUGGUGCGUCCGGACCCCACGAAGGAGGAGCUUGUCAUGUAUCUGCAUGCAUUACGCUAUAAAGGACCAGACUUUGAAUAUUCCACACAGUUACCAGACUGGGGCAAAGAGGACUGGCAGGAGACCGGUUUCAGCUGACCUGUUCCUGUCCCCUUUUUAUUAUUUGUUUUUCUGAUCACAAAUCCUGAGUUUUAUCUUUAAGGUUCCUGUUUUAUUUUUCUUAAUUUAUUACAAUACUUACUGUAGUUAUUUGAAGAGGUUGAGCUAAAAUGAAUUACAGGUUGGGGGGGUGUAUAUUUACUUUGAGAACUGUUGUACUAAAAAAUCAACUUUAAAGGCCCCUGUCUGUCUGCAAACUAAAAUCUUAAAUUUCUUGCCUAGAAAUGUAUGUUUUAUUUCAGGUUUAUGAAAAAAUAAAUGCAAUUUGGUUUCA